AUCAUCACAAGUAGCUAUGGUGACCAGCCACGCUGAGGCUUUACUCAUUUUGCGAUGGAGUCGAGCUGUUGCCAGCAGUGGAAAAACGCCAAAACACACAGCCUUUGAGUACACACCCACUUACAUACACAUACAAACACACCUGUGACUCGAGCAGUACAGAGAAGGACCUUGGUCUGAGCAGAGACACAAUUAAAACCACAAACUUCCCGCCAGCAUCCCAGAAGUCAGUUGACUUUGACUCCAGAGAAAUGCAUUUUGGAGUGGAACGAGAGUAAGCUGAGCCCAGAGAAACAGAGAGGAUCAUCUGACAUCUUCUUCAGUUAACAGAUAAUUCAGAAGUUGAGGACGGACCAAGAGGAGGAAAGGAAAGAGCAGAAGAGUCCUUAGGAGAUUUGACAAAGGAGUGGGUAGGCUUAUAUUUCCAAAGAUGGAACAGUCUCCACAGUUUUGGCACAAUCAGGUCACCCCCCAGGACACUGCUGAAGACCUAAAAAAGAAGGUGUCAGUCGUGGGCCAGCCUGAGUGCUCCAUCUGCUACAACACUUAUGACAAUGUCUUCAAAACCCCCAAGCUGCUGGAGUGCACCCACACCUUCUGCCUGGAGUGCCUCUCCCGCCUCAUGGCAGUCUCGGUGGCUGACCAUGACACUGACGGCAGCAGCACUCGCCUCUCUUGCCCCUUCUGCCGUCACCCCACCACGCUGCCUGAAGAGGGACCCCCGGCCCUGACAACCAGCCGCGAGGUCCUCUGCAAGCUGCCCAAGCACCAGCAGCAGGAGCAGCCAGUGUGGCUGGAGGGAGAGAAGCUGUGCUACAAAAGUCUCAAGCACGACACCGGUGCAGGGGCCUGUGACGGUUCCACAGCCUUCUGCGUCUGCAUUGACAUUGGGGCCAGCAAGACAGUGGAUGCUCCGAUCCAGACGCAGCCCCAGACUUCUGCCCUGAGGGGCCGGCUGGCAGACUGGAAGAGGAUAGUUUUUUUCUUCAUGCUCAUGCUGCUGCUUCUUGUAAUUGUGUUCUGGCCAUUGCAGUGUAUGUUCAGCAAUGGGAACAUGCACUGUGAAAGUGUGAAAGAACCCAUCAACCCCACUACCACAACACCCCCUACCACUACUUUUAGCCAGUUCCCAGCCUACAAGGCCAGCCAUAGAUAAUUUAUGGAAUGGACUUCACUGUUACUGUACAUAAUCUUGUAUAUAGCACAUUUGAAAUCAACAUUGUCAACUGUCAACACCUCUGUCUGACUUUUGUGCUCCCUGCAUAAAACACAGUCUGCACCAUUAUUACUGGAAUUGUGUGUUAUUGUGUCAUAUGCCAUCAGACUCAAUCACUUUUGUAUAUAUAUAUAUAGUGGCUUAACGUCACAAAGCUAGCCUUCCUAACUAUAGCCAUUAACUGCCCUGGAGUGGUGGGACAUGAACUCUGACAGGCACCUUCCCUCAAAUCAUGUUCUCAUCAUAUUCUGACAAUUGGCAAAUAAUCAGUAGAGAUGGUCAGAUACCAUUUUUUGCUUCCCAAUACCGAUUCUGAUACUUGAACUUGUGUAUCAGCUGAUACCAGUGCAUCAUGUAUUUUAUGAUGUUUUAACAGCUGUAUACAACUAUCCCUGUAUGGAGGUGAUAUGAUUUCUAUCUUUGUUGUCGGUCUAGCUCAGGUUAAACCGUCAAACAAUGAAUGCGACAGAACUUUUUUUUUAGUAUCCAGUUUGACAGUCAGUUAUAAUGGAAAAAAGAACAUAAAUAAACUACUUUAACAUAGAUUUCUUUAGGGCUUUAUUACGUGGUUUUAGAUUGGUGCAUAAACUCCGGUACUUCCCAAUACCGAUACCAGCUUUUAGGGUAGUAUGGGAGGCUACAUCAGAUCAGUACAUCUCUAAUAAUCUGAUAAAAGAGAACAUUUGGAUUCAACAUUUCGCAUUGACGUGUAUCUAAGGCAAACAGUGCCAUUUAAAAUGCUUCUGUUAACUUAAAGAAUACACAAGAAGAAAGUUGUAUGUACUUUUGUACUACAAACUCAAACUUUAUAUAUUGUACAUUUGAUAUGUAUGUUUUAAUAGGUCUUUGUUUACAGAACUACAACAAAAAAGUGAGGUAAGAUAAUGUUCCCGAGAAAUAA